UCGCCCCAUUUACAACCACCUGCUCGCGGCGGAAGCAUCAUCGUUCCGACGAUUACGAUUUCGCAAUCGGUCCAGUGCCACAGUAGUGUCUCGUUGACGGGGAUAUAAUAAUCGACGAUUUUUCGUCGAGAGCUGCUAGUGUGACAGGGUGCCAAAGAACGAAAAAGGAGAAGAGGAGAAAGAUAACACGAGUGCGACCGUCGAUUUCGCAUCAAGGAUAAGUUCUAUUUUUUGUCAACCAAAAACCAAGGAUUAGAAGUCUGAGAGAGAGAAAAAUGGGUUCGUUACCAACUAGAUCAGCAUUUGUUGUGACUGUCUUUCUCUUCACUUUGUGCUGCGUUGAAAUUUCAGCUAAACGCGGUUGUUCAGCAUUUGGCCAUUCCUGUUAUGGAGGACAUGGGAAGCGUUCCAAUAUAGAACUAACAGAUUUCAACGAGAAAAAUAAAGAUGAGGUUCAAGAAGAAUAUGACCUUGCAAAACCAAAUCUUGAAAACGUGGCUUACGUUCCGUCACAAGGAUUUACUCGAGAUGGAUUCAGAUUGGAUAAUCGAGCGAUCGAUAGGCUCCCCUUGCGUCUAAAUCCAAACUCUUGGUCACUGUUUAUAAAGAAAUUGAUGACAACAAAUCGUCAUCCAUACAUGACUUAUGGAGAAGUACAGAAGUAAACGCUAUACUAAACGAUACAUAAAAAUUACGAAGAAAACAAUUUUUAUCUCUAAACUUCUCAGCUUAUCAGUUUUAACAACUAUCUUCUACUUUCAUCCAACAACAUGGUUCAAACGUAUCAUAUUAGCUCAUCAGUCUACUUUAAAAUUAAUUACAAAUUUUUACUAAUAGUUGAUGCCAUAUUUUGGUCUGAAUAAACCAUUUUGAUGCUGAAUUAUUUUAGCAAAGAGCUAGAAAAUUGUAUGAACGAUUAUCAAUCUACGAAUUGUUGAUUCAUAGUUAUUGAUUUGCUCAAUUGAGAAAUUUAAGUAGCAACGAUUACUUUUUCAGAAAUUUCCUUUUCUGAAAGUACACUUCCUGAAAUCAAAUGAAAGAAUACAUUUUUCAAUGUAUAACAAGUAACUGUAUUAUUAUGAGAACGAGCUCUCAAAAAUAGAAUAUUUGACGUUGUUAUUCAUGGAAGUAUGUUCUUUCAAUAAAAUGUAAGUAUCAUAGCAAGUAAAUUAAUACAAAUAGUACUUUUGACUAAGACUACAUCGUUCUCAAAAAAUGAAUUAAAUAAUCUAUUUUUAGUUAAAGCUGUCUAGUCAAACUCUGUCUAUAUUCAUGAUAAUUUGAAUGAAAAGUAUUGUCCUAAAUAUAGAUUUUAUU